ACUUUGUAAACUUCCUGUUGUGAAAAAUACUGCAAUAUCUCCUGGGACAAACAGCUUUUCUUCUCUGUCUAUUAUUUAAUGUAAAGUCAUGACCAUCAGAACAAUUCGUUAUGUGAGGAGGAUGUUACCUAAGACAUAUGAUCACAGGACAGAAGUUCUGUCAGAGAUAUCUUUAGUUUUGUCUCAUUAUCAGCAUCUUGAACCAGUACUAGAGAAAUUUGUCUUUAAUGAUGGCACAGCAAAAAACUUGAUCAAUUUGACUGGAACCAUUCAGGUGUUCUAUGAAAGAAAACAGUACAAUAUUCCAGUGACUUUGUGGCUGAGAGAAAGUUAUCCACGCACUGCCCCCAUCUGCUAUCUGAAACCCACCUGUGAGAUGGUUGUUGUGACCAGCAAAUACGUCAACAGCAAUGGAGAGAUCAUGAUGCCUUACUUGGAUGAGUGGAAACAUACCAAAUGUGACCUGCACAGCCUAAUUCAGGUUAUGAUGGCAACAUUUAGUGAGGUCCCUCCUCUGCGUAUGCAUCUUGACCAAGAGAAAUCAACAUCUGCUCACAAAAUACACCUUGCUGAUGAUUUCUCACAUGUGACGCUGAACAGAGGGGAUCAUCUUCCUUUUUAUGAACUUAAUGAAACUAUAUGUUAGCUAGCUAAAUGUCUUUACAAUUUGUACAUCUAUAAAUUGUAUGAAAACAAUCAUUUUACUGGCAUGAAUGCAAAAUGUACAUUUUUGUAAAUACUCAAAUUUUCUAAAUACACAAGUCACAUGCUUGUAAUGCAAUGUUUUCAUGUGAUUCAUGCUCAGUUAAAAUCCACAUGGAAUCAAAAUCAAAACAUUUUUUCUAGCACACAUUGUUCUUCUUAAUGUUUGCAAUUAAUACAUGCAAGUGAAUCCACAGUUUUUAUGGCUAACCUUUAUUCAAAAUCUAACCAAUUGUGUCCCUUCUGGAAUGUCAGUCCCUUUCUGAUCAGUUAGCCAUAGCUUACAAAGGUUAGCCAUAUCCCUCCAAUAUUGAGUUUGCUGUGAAAAGUGAAAGAUGAGAGGUUGUGCACCAAAAUUAAAAUCGCAUCCCUUUUCAAUAUAACAUUUCAGUUGGAAACAUGUCAUCAAACUAAAUUAAAGUCUGCAGCAACUUUUGGUUCACAGCCUGUUUAUUGUUAAACAUAUUUUGACAAUUGCAAUAAAUUUAAAAGAAUAUG